AACAUGCAGUACAUCCUCAAGACAUAACUCAAAACAUCUAACAUACAUUAAAUUAUGUGAUGGUCUGUCAAGACGUUAGAAAUAAAAAAAUUGAAUAAUAAAAGAAAAAAAAGAGGAUAGUGUGGACUUUUAUUCUGUGGCCCAUCUAAAAGCCCAUUAAUUGAGCGCAAAUCAGUUCCACCGGACACUACCCUAACCUUUUCACUGCUCCAGCGAGGGCACUAGCCGCCGCCGUUUCCAUCUCCCCGGCGCUCCAUCGCUGGGCACGCAGGCGACGGCGACGGCGCUCAGGCUCGUGCUCUCAGGAACGGCGUCAGCUGCUUCCUUUCUCGCCUCUUGCCAGUCGCCUCGCGCCCUCGCCUUUGGUCCUCCGCACGGCUGGUGAGCUCUGCGUGCGUGCCUCUCUCUCUCUCCUCCCUUCUCCGGUGGAUCAUCAACGGCGCCCGGCCCCGGCGGCUGCGCCGUGCGCGGCCUGAGGGCAGCGGGAGCCAGCAGCCGCUGCUUAGUGCCGCUUUUUGGAACCCUGCUAUUUGUUCAGACAGUUGUUAUAUAUAUCUGAAGAAUAACAUCUUUCAUUGAAAGACAUACGUAGACCGAUGGCAACACUGAAAGAUGCAGCGGCAAGGAAGUCUAUACUGGCAACAAUCCGUCUUGUUGUCCCAGCCGGUGCAGCCCGUCCUGCACCUCCAGUUGGUCCAGCACUUGGUUUCUACCGGCUCAAUUUGAUGGCCUUUUGCAAGGACUUCAAUGCCAGGACCCAAAAGUACAAGGCAGAAACUCCAAUGCAAGUCACCCUAACUGCCUACAAGGAUAGCACCUUCGAGUUCGUGGUCAAGUCGCCCUCGGUAUCAUGGUUCCUCAAGAAGGCAGCAGGAAUCGAAACCGCCAGCACUCGCCCAAGCCACGUGAAUGUAUCGUCCCUCACCCUCCGCCACGUAUACGAGAUUGCAAAGUUGAAGCAGGCUGACCCCUUCUGCAAGCACAUCUCUCUUGAGGCGCUGUGCAAGUCCAUCAUUGGCACAGCCAACUCUAUGGGUAUUGCGAUUGUUAAGGAUCUAUGAGCAGCAAUGCCAGCCUUUUAGUCAUGAAGAAAUCUGUGACAUUUUGUAUGUUCCUAGUUUGUAGUUGGUGCUGGAGAGGAUACAACUCAUCUGUCUCACAGAGCUUCCUGCCACUGCCAUUUCAGGAGUAUGAAACUCUAUGCAAUUCCUGGGAGAGCCUUCAGCGCAGCCUUUUUCUCUUCCUUUGUUCAUUUUGUGACUUAACUGGUACUAUGUGGUUUUACGUUGGUGCUUUAAAUAAUAAAUUGUAGUUUUGGUUUCUUCCACUUCGA